UAUAAAAGGAACUCUCACCGUCCUCCAUGAACACAGACGGAAUCGAGAGGAGAGAUAGCGAGUACUGGCCGCCAGCAGCGCUAUUCAGAUUGCAGUACCAUUCCCCAAGUACAGUACACGCCAAGUAACCGUCACCAUGAAUCGUCUGAUCGUCCUCGUGGCUCUGGCCUCCUCGUGCAGCGCUGGAUACUCCGGAUCACCGGCCUACGGAGGCCACGGUGUCGGACCUGCGGGAGGCGCCGUGCAGUACGCGCCACCGGCGCCGGUCGGUGAGGAUGGAAGCGUGAUCGACACCCCGGAGGUGGCGCAGGCCAAGGCGGCUCACUUCGCGGAGUACGCCAGAGCCGCGGCUCGCGCCGCCGAGGAGAAGGCCCACCAGCAGGGCGUCCAGGGUGGCUACGCUUCCCAGGGUCUCGGCGCCUACGCCGCCGGCCCGACACCCGCCCCCUACUCUCGGCCAGCUUACGCCAGCCCGGCCCCCGUUUACGCGAGUCCCGCACCCUCUUACGCCGCCCCCGCACCCCAGGCCUACUCGGCACCCCAGCAGUACAACGGCCCGAGUUACUCGGCCCCCAAGGCCUACAACGCCCCGGCUACCAAGUCCGCCUUCGUCCCAGCGCCCCUCGCUGAGGAUGGAACCGUGAUCGACACCCCGGAGGUUGCCGCCCUUAAGUCUGCCCGUCUUGCUCAGCUCGCCGAGGCCGAGGCACGCGCCUACAAAUACGGUGGAGCCGAGGACUACAAUGGCCAGGAAUACGCAGCCGCUCCCCAAAGGUACAGCGCCCCAGCCGCCCCCCAGUACAACGCCGCCCCCAACGUGAGGUCCUACGCCGGACCCGGAUCCUACUCUCAGGGUGCCCGAGGCUACGCUGCAGCCCCAGCAGCCUCUUCUCCGAUCCGUUACGACGCCCCAGCCCCGACUGACAGGGACGGUCGCGUCGUCGAGACACCGGAAGUGGCUCAGGCCACGGCAGCUCACCUUGCAGCUCACGCUGCGGCGACCUCGUACCAGCCCCAACAAGCUUCUUACCAGCCCCAGCAGGCCUACCAGCAGCCACAGAGGGCCUUCCAAUCGGCCCAGGGAUACCAACCACAUUGGUUGAAGAUGAACGGCAAAGGGCCGACCAAUUACGAUCUAGGGAAUAACCAGCGACGGCUCUCUCGUCCCCAGCGCACUCCGAUCCGAUCCAAGUCCUAUAAGGUUUCACGUUUGUGGUGUCUUAGUAGCGCAGCGAUGAAAUUACUUGCGAUCUUCUCCAUCGCCGCUUCCCUCGUCGCAGCCACCCCUGGAUACCAGGUCAUCCCCCCGUCUGGAUACGGCUACCAGGGACCCUUCGCACCCUUGGCCCACGACGGAAGGGUCCUCGACACCCCCGAGGUGGCCCAGGCCAAGGCGGCCCAUCUGGCUGCUCACGCGGCCGCCGCUGCGAGGGCCUCACGACGACACCAGAUCUACGAUCAAGGCCCCGUUUACGACUACAACGAGGAGCCUAGCGCUUAUGAGGCCGCCGCGUAUUCCGCACCCUAUUCUCAAAGCUACCACGGACCACCAGCUCCUCUGGCCCACGAUGGACGCGUCGUUGACACACCUGAGGUCGCCCACGCCAGGGCCGCUCAUCUGGCCGCCCACGCUCGAGCAGCUUCCAUAGUCAGCCAGUACGGCGGAUACGAAGACCAGGGUGGUUACAGAGGCGGAUCGGCGGAAAGAAACGCGGGAUACGCGACACCGAUCCAGGUUUCCUACACGCAUUCCGCCCCCGUUGGAUACCACGGGCCACCGGCGCCUCUGGAUCACGAAGGGCGGGUGAUCGACACGCCGGAAGUUGCUCAGGCCAAAGCGGCGCACCUUCAGGCCUACGCAAAAGCCGCGGCGCUGGCUUCGCAGCAGGGUUAUUCCGCGGCGGAAGGGCCGUCCGAUGACAAUUCUUUGAAGGAAGGACCGUCCUACGAGGAGAACUAUUACUACUGACGUUGAGGACGGGGCUUUAUUCUCGCUUUGAGAUUCACGUUGGACUUUCCGUAUACCAUCAUGCUCGGCAACCUAGGAAGUUACGGAGAGUCUAACGAGCUUGGAAUUCGUCCAGGACACUGCCAUGCUCGGUGCGAAGGUUCGAACUCCCCGGUUGAAACGAAAAGGUCGUUCAAACGGUUCUGGGCAAUUUUCCAAAUUCUGAUCUCAUCUGGUUUUCUCACCUCGAGGAUUAUACAGUUCACACGAAUACUUGAAUAUCCUUUGUCGAAUCCAUUCCACAAAUUAUAUCAAUAACGACGCGAGAUGUUUAUAGAUAAAAAAAAAAUAUCGAUCAAAAAUUAGAAACGAAUUCCGUAUCGGAUGAGUUGAGCUCGAUCUUCCCAUUGCAUAACUGCUUUUCCGUUGAACUGUAAUUGGAUCAACAGUUGAUUGGCUUUUUCAUUGCGUUUUUAUCGGCCCAGACCGACUGAAUUUCAUCCUGUUAAUCUGUUGUAUCUCUUCUCGGAUCGCUUCACUCAGGUACGCGACGGUAAAAUCUCAUCGAUAUGGCCUCUCAUCAAAAGGAAGAGAAGAAUCGAGUUUCACCAAAUCACUUCACAAACACGCGCAGUCCGAUGAAAGCGAAUUGAUGAUCAAACCGACAGCCGUAACUUCAUCGCUCGUGUUUUACCGUCCUUUACUUAUCACGGUUUUUAUCUUCGUUUCAUUACUUCUUUCAACCAGGGAUAUUCGUUCCGUCUCUUCCGGCGCGCGGCUCGAUCACGACUUACCGCCGAAAUGUCUUCGCCACUAAUUUUUCUACGCUUAGAUAUAAUAAUUGUAUAAUUUACGUGUAGGUACGUUUGUCCUUUGAUAAAUUAUAAUAUGUUACUAUACUAUCA